AUGACGCGCGGCGCCGGCGACUGGCAGGGCUUCGACCUCGACACGGGCCACCCGACCAAGCAAAAGAUGCUUGAGCUGCACUGGACCGGCAAGACAGUUUGCAGCGCCGAGGACGUCGACCCCAUUGUCGUCUACGACGCGGACCAGAAGCGCCACUGGAACCAGGAUUGGGGCCACGCUCGUCUCCGCGAGAUGAAGUUUGGCGACAACAACGCUUUGGCUAUGCUGUAUGAAGAUUUUCCAAUUAUUGAUUACUUUCACCAUGUCAAUGAGGACUUGGUCGCUGGCGCCGUGGACUCGAAAAAGAUGAAUGGAUUUGGGACCUACUACUUUUACCUCAAGCGUCUUUCUUAG